AGAGAGAGAGAGAGAGAGAGAGAGAGAGGAGGGGGGUCAGGUAUGGUGCUCCAUCGUCCUCCGUGUGCGCCUCAUCGUGUGGAUUUUCCAUCAUUCCCAUCGUUUUCCACCAGUGACAGUCGUGUGUGAGUGUUUGGGGUCUUUUUGUCCGCCGGCCUGGUUCAGUCUGGACUGAGAUUCACUGUUUCUCUCUCUCUCUCCUGCAAGUCGAUGGCAACAUGGCAAAUAUUGCACUGGCGUCUGCGCCGCUGGUGAGGGUCGUGCGUAAACUGCGCUUGCAGCUCUGAGCGGGUUUGGGCUGUUUUUGCGUGCUUUUUUCCGGAUGUGUUGUCCUUCGGCAGGCGUUGAAACCCAGCAAUACGUCCACGGACACUCGGCUGUAUUCAGCGUGCAUGUGAAAGACUGCAACUUCAUAUAUAUUUAUAUACAUUUUCCCUCCCACGAAACAUUAGACUGUUAGUGAGGAUCAGUCUGACCGCCUGACAGCUGACCAAAAGCUCUGCUCUGCUUCUCCAGCCUCGAGGCGUCAACACGCAAUACUCACUGUAAAAGCAAUUGUUUUUUAACGAGCUGCUGUGAAGUUGUUUGUUUGUUUGUUUGUUUGUUAAUUUGUCAUGCAAGAGGCAUCAGCCUGAGCAUCUUCUCACGCGCUGGAUAAGCUCCUCUGUAGGAUCUUCUCCACGAUCUCCAGCAAGACAGAGGCUGAUCAGCACUGUGGAGAAAUGGCAGUGUUUUUUGUUCUUUUGAUUCUCGUCGUGUUUGACUCCCUCACUGAGGCUGCACACAACACAACCGCAGGCUGUGCUAUCAUUCGCCCACCGAGAGAUGGAGGGAUUAGAUACAGAGGACUGACGCAAGAACAGAUCCGCAGUGUGCAGGUUCUACCAGUGGAUUAUGAGAUUGAAUACAUCUGCAGAGGAAACAGGGUCAUUGUGGGACCAAAGGUCAGGAAGUGUCUGCCCAACGGCACCUGGACUGACCUCAGCCACCGCAGCAAGUGCUUGUUGCCCUGUCCGAAGGUGCAGACGUCUUUAGAGAACGGCCGAGUGGUGGUGUCUCCUCCAGGGCCAGCGGUUGAAGGGACAGUGCUGCAUUACAGCUGUCUGACCGGCUUCAUCCUGGAGGGCAGAAAUAGCACCCAGUGCACCAAGCUGGGCAAAUGGGACUCUCCCAAACCCACCUGCCGCUAUGACAGACAUCAUACAGGGAAGAAGAAACUCUACAUCGGCGCCUUGUUCCCCAUGAGUGGCGGGUGGCCCGGCGGUCAAGCGUGUCUUCCUUCCGCCCAAAUGGCCCUGGACUUGGUCAACAAGCGGACAGACAUCCUCCCAGACUACGAGCUCGAGCUCAUCUACCAUGACAGCAAAUGUGACCCUGGGGAGGCCACCAAGCUGCUGUAUGACCUGCUCUACACUGAGCCCAUAAAGAUCGUGCUGAUGCCGGGAUGCAGCUCCGUCUCCACGCUGGUGGCUGAGGCGGCUCGCAUGUGGAACCUCAUAGUGCUGUCGUACGGCUCCAGCUCUCCAGCUCUGUCCAACCGCCAGCGCUUCCCCACCUUCUUCCGCACGCACCCCUCCGCCACCCUGCACAACCCCACCCGUGUCCAGCUCUUCCAGAAGUGGAAUUGGACCAAGAUCGCCACCAUCCAGCAGACCACUGAGGUCUUCACUUCGACGUUAGAUGAUCUGGAGCAGAGGGUGAAGGAGGCCAAUAUAGAGAUCAGUGUGAGGCAGAGUUUCCUCACUGAUCCUGCUGUUGCCGUCAAGAACCUGAAGCGACAGGACGCUCGCAUCAUCGUGGGUCUGUUCUAUGAGACGGAGGCCAGGAAAGUUUUCUGUGAGGUCUAUAAGGAAAAGCUCUAUGGGAAGAAGUAUGUCUGGUUCCUAAUUGGCUGGUACGCUGAUAACUGGUUCAAGAUAAAUGAUACAUCAAUCAACUGCACGGUGGAGCAGAUGACGGAGGCAGUGGAGGGCCACGUUACCACGGAGAUCGUAAUGCUCAACCCAGAGACGGUCCGAGGGGCUUCCAACUUGACCUCACAGGAGUUUGUGAUUCAGCUGACGUCUAAACUGGGCGGUAGGACCCAGGAGACAGGGGGGUUUCAGGAGGCACCGCUGGCCUAUGAUGCAGUGUGGGCUCUGGCUUUGGCCCUCAACAAGACCGUGGAGCCCCUGAAGGCUAAGGGCCGCCGGCUGGAGGACUUCAACUACAACAACAAAGACAUCACUGCAGAAAUCUAUCGAGCCCUCAACACCAGCUCCUUCGAGGGAGUCUCUGGCCAUGUUGUGUUCGACGCUCAGGGCUCUAGGAUGGCCUGGACUUUGAUCGAGCAACUGCAAGGGGGGAGCUAUAAGAAGAUUGGAUAUUAUGAUAUGACCAAAGGCAAUCUCUCCUGGUACGGUAACGACAAGUGGAUAGGUCCUGGUCCUCCUGCUGAUCAGACUAGGGUCACUCGGAAGUUCCGUUUCCUCUCUCAGAAGCUCUUUGUGUCCGUUUCUUUCUUUGCUGGACUGGGAAUCUUACUGGGCAUCGUCUGUCUCACAUUCAACAUUUACAACAGCAACGUCAGGUACAUUCAGAACUCCCAGCCCUACCUGAACAACAUGACGGCAGUGGGCUGCAUGAUGGCUCUGGCUGCUGUGUUUCCGCUGGGCAUUGAUGGCCAGCAUGUCCAUAGGUCACAGUUCCCUGUGGUCUGCCAGUUCCGCUUGUGGCUGCUCGGCCUUGGCUUCAGUCUGGCUUACGGCAGCAUGUUCACGAAGAUCUGGUGGGUCCACACAGUUUUCACCAAGAAGGAUGAGAAGAAGGAUAAGCGUAAGCAGCACCUGGAGCCCUGGAAGCUGUAUGCCACGGUGGGGGUGCUGCUGGCUAUAGACGUGCUUUCCCUCAUGAUCUGGCAGAUUGUAGAUCCGCUGCACAUCACCGAGGAGAAGUUCACAAGAGAGGUGCCUAAAGGAGACGUAGAUGAGCUGAUUGAGCCACUGCUGGAGCACUGCAGCUCGACAAAGAUGAACACUUGGCUGGGGGUGGUCUACGGCUACAAGGGCUUGCUGCUGCUUCUUGGUAUCUUCUUGGCCUAUGAGACAAAAUCUGUGUCCACUGAAAAGAUAAAUGACCAUCGAGCUGUGGGAAUGGCCAUUUACAACGUUGCGGUGCUGUGCAUGAUUACUGCGCCUGUCACCAUGAUCCUGUCCUCGAAGCAGGACGCUUCCUUCGCCUUCGCCUCUCUGGCCAUCGUCUUCUCUGUAUACAUCACUCUGGUCGUGCUCUUCGUCCCUAAGAUGCGGAGGCUGAUCACGCGUGGGGAGUGGCAGUCUGACCAACAGGAGACCAUGAAGACCGGCUCCUCCACUAACAACAAUGACGAAGAGAAAUCCCGCCAGCUGGAGCGAGAAAACAAAGAGCUACAGAAGAUCAUCCAGGAGAAAGAGGAGCGUGUCUCUGAGCUGAGGAACCAGCUUUCAGAACGGCAGGCCCUCCGGUCACGGAGACGCCCGUCCUCCUCCAACCUCAACCACAGCUCCCCUCCGCUCCCCACUGCACAUCCGGACCCCAAGUCACUCCUGCCCCCACCGGGUUAUCCUCUCCCCGCCUCUGAUAACCACUCACUGCCUCCCUCCUUCUCCAACUCAUCCAACCUCUAUCAGCCCGACGGCAAGAUCGGCCGCAACAACUGCCACACCAGCCGUCUGCAGCUGCUCUACAAGUGA